CCCCAGCCGCCUGAUCUGUACAAGCUGCUCUUAAAGCAGAACCAGCAGCUCCUCAGCUUUCUCUAGUCAGGAAGCUGGUGCCUGCUCCCGCUACAGAACCUCUGUACCCUUGAGAAUUGGAUUCUGCAGGCAGCAAGGCGCUCCCUUCUUGAAAUCACAUCAGGAAGAAGACUGCCCGUGGUUGUUUUGUUCUGCUUCUGGAUUCUUCAUAUUAGCUCCAAGGACAUCAUGAGCCAGGACUGCUGGAGACACCGGAGAGAAGCCACCUCGAUCUGCCCGGCGCCUGUACAGUCUCCCUGAGCAUCCUGACCCUCAAGUCAGAGAUGACUGUCUGAUUUGCCUCGACUCAGAGAAUCUGAACCUGACCUUCAGCUAAGAUACCUUUCACAGGUGGCUGUGGGCACACCUGAGUCCGGCGUUAGGAUAAAGUCCGGCACACAGCUGGCAGAAGCCAUCGCUGCAACAUAAGCUCCGGAGGAAGGGGUCCAGAGACAGAGCAGGAUGAGUUCCGAGACAGGCCCUGUAGCUGUUGAUCCCACUUUGAGGAGAAGAAUUGAGCCCCACGAGUUUGAAGUCUUCUUUGACCCUCGUGAACUUCGGAAAGAGACCUGUCUGCUGUACGAGAUCAACUGGGGUGGAAGGCACAGCAUCUGGCGACACACGAGCCAAAACACCAGCAAACAUGCUGAAAUCAAUUUCAUAGACAAGUUUACUAGAGAAAGAUUCUUUCGUCCAAACACCAGAUGCUCUAUUACCUGGUUCCUGUCCUGGAGUCCCUGUGGGGAGUGCUCCAAAGCCAUUACAGAAUUUUUGAGCCGACACCCCCACAUAACUCUGUUUAUUUAUGUAGCAAGACUUUAUCACCACUCGGAUCAGCGAAACCGGCAAGGACUCAGGGACCUUAUUAGCAGCGGUGUGACUAUCCAGAUCAUGACGGAGCAAGAGUCUUGUUACUGCUGGAGGAAUUUUGUCAACUACCCUCCUUCGAAUGAAGCUCACUGGCCAAGAUACCCCCAUCUGUGGGUGAGGAUCUAUGUGCUGGAACUCUACUCUAUCAUUUUAGGACUUCCACCCUGUUUGAACAUUUCAAGAAGCAAGCAACCUCAAUUCACGUUUUUCACAAUUACUCUUCAAAACUGCCAUUACCAAAGGAUACCACCCCACCUCCUUUGGGCUACAGGGUUGAAAUGACUUCUGGGAAUUGAGGAUAGAUGAAAUGACUCCUUGUAUGUGUACUGUCUUGACACCAGGCAUUGAUGACCCACCAAAGAGUGACUCCAUGAAUCUAAACAUUGAGCUGGGGCUGUUAUUCAUGGGUAGCAUUCUAGUUACACAUGAGGCCAUUGGUUUAAUUCUCCGAACAUCCAGAAAAAAACAGAGAAUCUAGAGAUUGAGCCAGGAAUGGUUAUUCACUCCUGCAAUAUCAGCACUUGGGAGGCAGGGGCACCAGAUCUCUCUGAGUUCAAGGCCAGCCUGGUCUACAUUGUAAGACCAGGUCAAUGUAGAAUCACACAGUGAGACCUUAUCUAAAAAAUGCCUUCUUGCCCCCACCCCUGCCCCAAUCAAGAAUGUAGAAGUUGAAGAGUCAGGAAAAGGGGUGCUUUCCUGUAAUCCCAGCAAUUGAGUGGUGGAGGCAGGAGAAUGACAAGGUCAAAGUCAUUUAGAACUACACAGUAAGUUUGAAGCCAGCCUCACCCCAUAUAGAAAUUCAGUGUGCUAAAUUCUACCAGGUAUGCCAGGGGAUAACAGCCAACACCUUGCCAGCUUACAUAAUACAGUCACUCAGACCAGUUCAGUCACUUGCCUGCCUGACUUUCCAAAGGCUAUUGUGGCAUACAGCAGUCCCUGGGCAUUAAAAGAAGCUUAGACCUUAUAACUUCUAAUGAAGUCUAGCUAUACAUUUUAAUUUUAAAAAUUGUAUUUCUUUACUAUUAUUAUCAUGCGUGUUGAGGGGUUCUGUGUGCAUAUGGUGGCACUCCUGUGGAGGUCAGAAGAUAACUUUUAAGGUUUUUUUUUUCUCUUCUAUUAGCCAUUCUGAGGACUGAAUGCAGAUUGUGAGUUCAAAAAAGCAACUUAUCUCCCCCGAGCGGUCUCAACAGCCCUAUGUCUACACAUGAACAAAAGUAAAUAAAUAAAAACCUCCAGCAAAAGAACCAUC